GUAGAGUUGGAAUUAGGUGAGAACCGGAAAAAGUGAACUUAUUAGUAUUUUUUUAAAGGUAUUUUUUGAAUUUUCUAUAAUAUUGGAUCUAGAAACAUGAAAAUAGGUAUUCAUGUUCCUGGAUCCGAAGUAUAUAAGAUUCGGCACAGCCGAAUAUAGGACACUUACUUGUUUUAUUUUCUUUUAGUGUUUCUCUGUUAUUUACAAUGUAUAAAUAAAAACCCUCACUCUAAACUCAUCUAAACCUAAACUUUGUCUAAAUUAAGUAUUUUAAAUAAAAGUAACAAUCUUCAGGGUAAUCUACACUUCCUAUUACUAACAAAUUUCCACGAAUAAAUCUUUUAACGCCCACAGUUUUUUUUUGUCACAAUUACGAAAUGCGAUGAUUGAUAAGAGUAAAAAGUUCUUUUUGUUUUUAAAUGAAUUCUUAACAAAUUAAAAGUCAAUAACUUAUUUUUCUGCAAAAAAAUAAACAUACAAACUAACAUUAAUAAACAAACAAUAUGCAAACAAUUUAAACUGUUGAUAAAAAUACAAUAAAAACUAAUCAAGCACAAGAGAAAUUGAGUUAAAUAAAAUUAUCUAUUUAAAAAACGAAUAUUUACGAUUGUUAGCAGAAAAAGCAACAAUUGCAAAUGGAACAUGUAGAAAUAAAACCUUUUUAAGAAAACAAUUUUCUAAUUAUUUAUAACAGUAGCAUUUUAAGAAGUUAACUAACAAGUUAGUGGUAACAGAAAUUAGCCACAAAAUAAAAAUUCAAAUUAAAAAUUAAAGAUAGAAAAAAAAACAAAAACAAAAACAAAAAAAUAUGUCAUCUAAAUAUGAAAUGUGUGAAAUUUCAGAAAAUAACGGUAAAAAUGGCAAACCAGUGUGGAUUGUUGUAAAAGGUGUUGUUUAUGAUGUGACAAAAUUUUUAAAAGAUCAUCCUGGUGGUGAGGAAUUAAUUUUGGAAUAUGCUGGCAAGGAUGCUACCAGAGCAUUUAAUGAUGCUGGACAUUCUAUAGAUGCUAUACAAGAUAUGAAAAUGUAUAAAAUUGGUGUAGUGGAUAAUCAGUGCUCUCAACAAUGUGUUAUUUCCACACUUUCUACAACUGAAUCUAAUAAACUGUCCAACGAAACCAAUAACGAACAGCAACAGUGUUGUCGAAAGGAAAAGAAACGUGUAAAAUUAUUCUUUUGUUUUUGAAAAUAUAGAAAUUAAGCUAUUAACUAUAGUUAAUUUAAGAUUUUUUUUAUUAAUUUUUCAAAUUUAUAUAUUUAACGACAUUCAAAAAAAGGGAUUUCAUUAAUUUUAUUAAGAAAAGAAAAAAACUAUAAUAAUAGAAUAGAAACUAAUUGUAAAA